GCGAUACGUGUAAUUUUGUCGGUCAUGGUCAAGGUGUUGGAUAUAGAAUAGGGUGCGUUACAAAAAGUGAUUCGGUUUCUCUUUUCGGUGCCGUCGUCACUGGGCACGUGCUCCAUAAUCCCGCUACGAUGAUUCGCUCAAGCUACAUAAAUCCACCAUGGCCAAGAAGGCAGCUAACACUAGCGAAAAGAAAUCUAGCAGCAAGAAAGGAGAAGAUAGGAAAGGGAAAUCCAAGGAAGAAGCAGAAGAGAAUCCCAAGGUGCGACUCCAUCAAGUCAUCGGGACGACAUGAAUACAGUUAUAUUCCUCAGGGAAAAAACACUCUGAAGGCAGCUACUGCUGUCAACGUACGCCACAUUCUUUGUGAGAAACAUUCCAAGGCCACCGAAGCCCUUGCAAAAAUACAAGAGGGCGUCGCUUUCAACAAAGUUGCCCAAGAAUACUCUGAAGAUAAAGCAAAAGCCGGCGGCAGUUUGGGUUGGAUGACAAGGGGGAGCAUGGUGGGUCCUUUCCAAGAUGCAGCCUUCGCCUUAGCGCCGUCGACAAUCGACAAGCCCGUCAUCUCCUCCCUCGUGAAGACCAACUUCGGAUACCACAUCAUAAUGGUCGAAGGCAGGCGUUGAGAUCUCGCCGGUGAGAGCUAUGGAUGGGCGUAUCGUAAGACAUGCAUUCUACAAUAUAUAUCCCGCAAAAAUACCAGAUGGAAUGCCAAUACAUACAAUAAGCCUUUAAUAAUAACUUUAGCAAAGUUCUGCAUUGUCUUUAACGUGAAUGCUAAAUAUG